UUUCUCAGUUCGUUUUCUUGCCCAGAAAGCCGCCGAGAAAGUUAAAGGGAGAGAAACAAGCAAGGAGAAGAGGAAGUGAGCGAGAGGAAAUGGAAUCAUCGAAAAAGAUAGCUCACGAGAUCGGUGGUGUCAAGAACGAUGCACUUCGAUUUGGUCUCCAUGGCGUUAAGAGCGACAUCGUUGGAUCUCAUCCGCUCGAAUCCGCUUACGAAUCUGAGCGGAAAGUGCAGGAGGAGAUGAGGAGGAAGAUCAUUAUGAAUACCUAUGGAGCUGCCCUUCCGUUGAAGAUGGAUCUGGACAGGCAAAUCUUUUCACGAUUUCAGAGACCUCCUGGACCGAUUCCGUCUUCUAUGCUCGGUUUGGAAGUCUACACAGGUGCAUUAGAUGAUUUCGGCUUUGAGGAUUACUUGAACGAUCCUCGCGAAUCCGAGACAUUCAAGCCGGUAGACCUCCACCACGGGAUGGAAGUUCGUGUCGGCCUCUCCAAGGGUCCAGUCUGUCCGAGUUUCAUGUAAACCCUAAACAUAUUUCAUGCCGUGGAAAACGUUUCCAUCUUCAGAUCUUCAGUUUGUUCUGUCUUUUGUUUGAAUCCUGAAUCUGAGUGAGAUUGUGUAAUGAUUGUCUUUUAACCUGUCUUACUUGAGUUUGGUGUUUUACUUUCUCGCGAAAAGUGUGUUUUCAGGUUCCAAGUAAAAUGUUGCACAUUAAUGUUAUUAUAUUAUCGUU